AUGGCCGUCCCGAGGGAGAGGCGGGCCUGCGGGGCGGAAGUGACGCAGCCGGAAGUCCGGCCGCGGCUUCGCGGCCUGGGAGCGCGGUGCAGAGGUUGGCGGACUGUGAGCUGGGCGAUGCCACGGGCGGCGGGGCUCGGCCGUGCAGCGGCGCUGGGGCCGCUGCUGGCGGCUCACGUGGUGGCGGCGAUCGAGCCCAUCAGCGUGGGCAUCGCCCUCGGGGCCGCGUCCGCCCUCACCGGCUACCUGUCCUACACGGACCUGUACUGCCGCUUCGCCGAGUGCUGCCGCGAGGAGCAGCGGCUCAACGCGUCCGCCCUCAAGCUGGAAUUAGAGGAGAAGCUGUUUGGGCAGCAUCUGGCCACAGAGGUGAUUCUCAAGGCGCUGACUGGCUUCAAGAACAAUAAAAACCCCAAGAAACCGCUGACUCUGUCCUUACACGGCUGGGCUGGCACGGGCAAGAAUUUUGUCAGCCAAAUUGUGGCUGAAAACCUUCACUCAAAAGGCCUGAAGAGUAACUUUGUCCACCUGUUUGUCUCGACUCUGCACUUCCCUCACGAGCAGCACAUAAAACUGUACCAGGACCAGUUACAGGGAUGGAUCCGGGGUAACGUGAGUGCGUGUGCCAGCUCCGUGUUCAUAUUUGACGAGAUGGACAAAUUGCACCCCGGGGUCAUCGACGCGAUCAAGCCGUUUCUAGACUACUACGAGCAGGUUGAUGGCGUGUCUUACCGGAAGGCCAUUUUCAUGUUUCUCAGCAAUGCCGGUGGGGACCUCAUAACUAAGACCGCCCUUGACUUCUGGCGGGCAGGAAGAAAGAGGGAGGACAUCCAGCUGAAGGACCUGGAACCCGUGCUGUCCGUCGGAGUCUUCAACAAUAAACACAGUGGCCUGUGGCGCAGCGGGCUGAUAGACAGAAACCUCAUCGACUACUUUAUCCCCUUCCUCCCCCUGGAGUACAAACACGUGAAGAUGUGUGUCCGAGCCGAGAUGAGGGCCCGCGGGUCCGCCAUAGAUGAGGACAUUGUCACCAGGGUGGCAGAGGAAAUGACGUUUUUCCCCAAAGGCGAGAAAAUCUACUCAGACAAGGGCUGUAAGACUGUGCAGUCACGGUUGGAUUUUCACUGA